AAACUCAAGAGUCAAACUCCUCCAGACGACACACUUUAAUCAUGGCGUUGUUUUCCUCUCUCACACCAGUAUUCGUGGCGGUUUUGUGCGUGAUUAUUGGUUUUAUCAUCAAAAACUCCCAGAAGAAAGACGAGAGCAGAUCAAAAGAGAAGCGUUCAGACGGGGGGAAGGUGAGACCAUGGGUGGACGAGGAUCUGCAGGAUGAUACAGAAAUCAACAGUAAAGACAACGAGAAUGACUAUGAAUGGCUCGAGACCGAAGACGAAGAGAAUCUACAUCACAUCCCUUACACCCCACACCAAUACUCUGCUUCUGAAAUCCUGGAACGCUCCGAGAAGUUUUACUCUCUAAUGAAUCUCAGACGCUCUGUCCGGUUCAUCAGUCCUGAGCCGGUACCCAGAGAAGUCAUCAAUAAUGUCAUACGUACUGCAGGCACUGCUCCCAGUGGAGCUCACACUGAGCCCUGGACGUUUGUGGUGGUGACUGAUGCAGAUGUCAAACACAAGAUCAGAGAGAUAGUUGAGGAGGAAGAGGAGAUCAACUACAAACAAAGGAUGGGAGACAAGUGGGUCCAUGACCUGAAGAGACUUAGGACUAACUGGGUGAAGGAGUAUUUGGACAUCGCUCCAUAUCUGAUUCUUAUAUUCAAGCAGAUCCAUGGAGUUCAUCCCAAUGGCAAGAAAAAAACUCACUAUUACAAUGAAAUCAGCGUGUCUAUUGCAUGUGGCAUUCUAUUGGCUGCUCUGCAGAAUGUUGGACUGGUCACCGUGACAACAACUCCCCUAAACUGUGGCCCACAGCUCAGGGCCCUCCUCCAACGACCAGCCAAUGAGAAGCUUUUAAUGUUGUUGCCUGUUGGCUAUCCUACAUCUGACGCUACAGUGCCUGACCUCAAACGCAAAGAUCUUAAUGAUAUUAUGGUCAAUGUAUAGAUGUUUUUUAAUAGAAAAUGUUGUAAUUAAAAUGAAUGUUUGAAACUUCACAAAUUGGACCGUUACACUAUGGUAGUUUUAUAUGGACAGAGUAUUAUUUACAGACUUUUGUAAGGCAUGUGUUGAUUUUCUUUUCAUGAUUUGUGAGGUUUUUUGAUCUCGAAUAUUAAAUCUAUUCUGAUCAAUACAAAACAUUAAAUAAAAAAUAUUGCAUUGGUA